UCUCAUACAGGCCAUUUUCUUUGUCCUGCCCUUGAUACGUCAUUUCCCGGCCAGACAAAUUGCCUCUCAGCGUGACUUUUCUUCCUGGCAGUUCCCCUGUUUUGCCUUCUACUGCAUCAAAUUUUGCUGUGAAAUCGUGCUUUCUGGUCUAACAUGGCUUCCACUACAAAAGAGUCCUCACAGCCGGCGAUGGAUUUCUUGCACCAUCCCUAUACGCGCGCUGCGCUUCCCUUCGUUAAUGGUGGGUUGGCUGGCAUGACGGCCACCGUCGUCAUCCAGCCCAUUGAUAUGAUCAAGGUACGCCUACAACUUGCUGGCGAGGGUGUGCGCACUGGCCCCCGCCCGUCAGCUUUUGGCGUUGCUCGCGAUAUUAUCGCGUCUGGGAAAGCUCUCGAUCUAUACACCGGGUUAUCUGCAGGGCUUCUGCGUCAGGCCGUCUACACUACUGCACGCCUGGGAUUCUUCGACACAUUCAUGGGGUCGCUCAGCAAGAAGGCCGAAACAGCCAACCGGCCAGUCACCUUCGUGGAGCGCGCAGGAGCCGGGUUGACCGCCGGUGGAGUCGCUGCCAUGAUUGGUAACCCUGCAGACCUCGCGCUCGUCAGAAUGCAGUCUGAUGGGCUUAAACCCCCCGAGGCGCGGGCUAACUACCGCUCCGUCAUCGAUGCCUUGGCCCGAAUUUCCAAAGCGGAAGGUGUGACUGCUUUGUGGGCUGGUGCUUUCCCAACCGUGGUGCGUGCAAUGGCCCUCAAUCUCGGUCAGCUUGCUUUCUUUGCCGAGUCCAAGGCCCAGUUGAAGGCUCGAACAACUCUAUCAACCCAAAACCAGACUUUCGCCGCCUCUGCGAUCGCUGGUUUCUUUGCCAGUUUCCUGUCGCUACCAUUCGAUUUUGUCAAGACCCGUCUGCAGAAGCAACAGAAGGAUCCCAAAUCCGGUCAGCUGCCGUACAAGGGGAUGCUUGACUGCGCGCGCAAGGUUGUCCAAGAAGAAGGGUGGUUGAGGUUCUAUCGUGGUUUCGGCACGUACUACGUGCGGAUCGCUCCCCAUGCGAUGGUAACCCUUAUCGUCGCCGAUUAUCUCAACCUCCUUACCAAAUAAUUGUCGUCCCAACAAACAGGGACUGAUGUUCAUGCGCGACCACCUUGCCUUUUUCUGAUCAGUCACCGGAUAGAAAAUGCAGCGUCUAGGACCGCAAAGGAGACAUUAAUCGGUGGACUUGCGUGUAAUAUGCUGUCCGGAACAGUUUAUCGUCGCUCAAUGUUG